AACCCACUGUUCCCUAGGCCGUCAUUGUAAAUACAAAUUUGUUCUUAACUGACUUGCCUAGUUAAAUAAAAAAGAAGGAGCAUAUUUACUUCCUGUUAGCUAGUGCACUGCAAAAUACUUUCAAGUAAAAGCCUGUUACCAGUGUAUAUGUAGAAUCUUCAUGACGGUAACCCACAAGAAUAUUUAGUUGGACCUUACAAGCUUGGUCUCCAAAGUAUUUCUGCGUUAUUGUUAUUUAUAUUAUUGCACUGUAGACCGACCAUUGCCACAAGUGAACUGCGAUGAACAUCAGCUCUGAAUUGAAUAAUAACUUAGCGAAAUUGUUAGAUUCGUAUCUCUGUGUAAAGCUUAAGUAGUACUAGUCAGAGAUUGUCAGUAUUUCUGUUACAUGUAUUUGACAUACAGAUUUCAGUUACUUUUAAUAUAUAUAUUUUUUUAAUUUUAACAAGGUACUUCAGAGAAUGGUAUUUUGUAUUUUCAAAAUACUACAAAUACUUUUCUCCAAAAAAUGUAUAGUGGUUCACAGUUUUGUGGCCCAAUAUCAGGCCAAAUUUGCUGCAUCGGUAUCAGAAGUCUUAUGGUACUAUCGUGUGAGGCCAUGGAAGUUGUUGUUGGAUGAGUGGAGGAGCAUGAAAGUAUGCACUUUAAGUAUGAGGAUAAUGCAGCAAUUUGGUCCAAAAGGGGAAAGUAAACUUGACUUUGAAAGGGAACACGCUAUGUUAUUGCCACAAUGUCACUGCACUCACUGUCAUUCGGGAAGUGAGUCCUGUGCCUCGACUUUCUUUCAAACACCUUUUCACCUCCACCUGCACCUCUGGUUACGUCACGCUCACAGUAUCUCAUUUCUAACACCAAUGCAAACGAAUUUGCAGGGGGCCACAAAGCUCUGAAGACUAACAUAUACAUUGAUAAAUUGGUCAUUAGGAUAUUUCUUUACAUUUUGUAACAAGAUACAUUUUGAUUUAGUACAUUAGGUACCUGAUGUGGCUAGUACAGCCCUGUUAAAAGCUUCUCUGUGGGAGAAAUCAAUGCACUCAGAGCCUUUUAGGGUGAGGAGAGUAUAGCUUCAUCCUGUGGGCGUAGAGCGUAGAAACUCACCACAGCCUUCUAUAGGAAAUGGGAGAGGAAACUCUUCUGUUUACCAACCACUGACUCAGAACACGUGUUUGAUCUGCCCAUUUCUCCUUUUUCUGAAAAAAUGAUAGGUCUUAUGCAAGUCUAAUGUAAUGUCUAGCUAGCUAAAUGAUUGUCUAUAAAACUGUGCUCUGUGUUUAUAUUUUUGGGGUAUGCAUGAUAUGCAUCUGCGUGAGGUUCCAUAGCUCAUUAUUAACAUUAUUGUUGAUUUCCAUUUAAUUUUGCAACUGCUAAUGAAUGCAGGGCAGCCUUGGUGCCGAAAUACCACAUUGCUUCGUGUGUGUGUGUGUGUUUAUGUGUGUGCGCGUUUGUGCAUGUAAGAGAAAGGGGAAAAGAAAGAGAGGGCGAGAGAGAGAGAGAGAGAGCAAAGGGUGAUUUCAUAUACUGUAUAAUGUUGUAUCUGGCUCAAGCUGUAUGGGAAUUUAAUACAGAUAAUAAAUCGUGUUGCUGAAAUCACUGUGCUGCUCAAAUAACUAUUGAAAUAAAUCUGGUUAAAGUGAAGUUAAUGUUAAUGUUUUUUUGACAGACUGCAUGACCCCGUGGCUGYUUGUCAUAUGACAUCACUCUGAGAGGACAACGGCAGCUGCAUGGUCUGAAGUACAAAAACAGAUCAGCAGGAUCUCAGCCAGUUCAGUCACUGCUAUUUUAUUACCUACGCAUAGGAAAGGAGGGGGAGUGACAGAGAAGGACAUUUAGAAGGAAGAAAUAAGAAUCAGGGUGGGGUUUGAGAGUUGGAGAAUGCAGACAAUCUCAUUGGAUUAAGUGGGUGGACAAGGGUGGGAAACAGAGAUAAAGUGAGGAAAAGAGGGAGGAGUUGGAAAAGUGAAAGAGAAAGAACAGGAAGGAGGAAAAGGGAGGGGCAGAAAUAGGCUCAGAAGAACUUCAGUGUGUUUGUCUUCGGCUUAAACAGCACAGGGAGUGGAGUGAGUGUUGGAGACGCAACCGUUUGCAUCUAAACUAUUUCACUGCUGUAUUUUUCCUCUUCUAAUACUCCAUUCUCUUUGCGUUAUCUUGGUAUUUGCGGAGCGUGCGUGACAAACCCCUUGUCGACACCAUGGAUAACUUCCAGACCGUCCUGCGCUUUUUCAUGAACCAGAAGGCCACCAUUGGCUACAGCUUCAUGGCCCUCCUGACCAUCGGGGGAGAGCGGAUCUUCUCCAUGGUCUCAUUCCAGUGCCCCUGCAACCACGACCAGAACUUUGCAUACGGCCUGACCUUCCUGUUGGGCCCAGGCCUGGUGCUUCUGGUGCUGGGUCUUUUCUUCAGCAGCAAGCUGUGGCGCCUCUACACUGGCUGUUGCCUAAACCCCAUUAAGCUAUGCCCCAGGGGCAACUGUUUCACCUGCCUCAAAGUGUUUGUCAAAAUCUUCUCCGGUGCCUGUGUGGCCCCUAUCAUGUGGCUGUGUGUGGCACUGUUGAACGGGACCUUCUACGAGUGUGCCGUCAGCGGGCUGGAUGAUAACCUGGUGGUGGAUCUGUUCUGUAAAAACAAGACCUUGAUGUGCCGGGAGGAGUUGGCCCGCGUGCCCUGCAGCAAGUCCAAGCUGCCCAGUGACGAGAACAUGGAACUGUUGCUCAUGUUCCGGGCUCAGUCACAGAUACUAGGCUGGUGUAUUAUCAUCAUUUCAGCCAUACUAGGGCUCCUCGGGACCUGCUACACAAACUGCCGCUCAAAGGUCAGCUACCUGCAGCUCACCUUCUGGAAGCGCUACGUAGAAAAGGAGAAGGAGCAGUUUGACACAUUCGCUAUGGAGUAUGCAUCCAAGCUGGCCGAGAGGAACCUAAAGAGCUUCUUUGAGAACCGUGACCCGGAAAUAUUCCCAUUCCCCAACCACAAGGCCUGGGAGGAGAUCUCAGCCCUCUACACCUUCUCCAAGAGUGAGCAGUACUACAGCACCCUGCAGAGGUAUGUGGAGCGUGAUGACCGAGACUACAGCCCUGAGAAAAGACCAGUCAUGGACCUGGAGCACGGCAUAGAGAUGAGCUGAGAGAGGGACGGAUAAUGGCAGAGUAUGAAUUACAGUAUAUCCUAUUUGUUUUACCUUUAUAAAUGACAUGCAGUAAAUACAAUAGAUUUAACUCACAGACUGAGAAGAAGCGUUGUUGCCUGCAUUUCCCCCAAAGCACUGACAUCUACACAGAGCACCAUUCAGAAAGUUAUUACCAGUGACACAGCAGUGAUUACCAGAGAAUGCAGCCAUUGCAGAAGUGGUGAAACAGUAGGGCUUCUUGUCUGCUGGAACCCACAGUUCGUGAAUGGUCAUGAACACUAGCUGAUGCAAUGUCCCUGUCAUAACAAACACUUUGAUUUGACAAAGUCUCCUCUACCUCUAUUUGACAUGCCUUUUGAAGCAUUUCAUUCACUUUACUGGUACAUAAUGGUAGGAGAGCUAUUGUAAUUGUAUAGUUUCAAUAGGGAAUUUUGCAUGUAAUAUUGCGCCACAAUAUGAAUGCUACAUGAAUGACAGAGUUGUAACAUGCAAUUUGCUUGAAAUGUUUACACAACUCAAUGUUUACAUUAUUAUGACAACUUGAGCACCACCUUAAAGUGUCUUUCUAUGGCAGUACAAGUGAAGUACAGCUCACUUGAUAUGUUAUGUUAAUUUGGGGAUAACUCUGCCAUUACUACCGUCCUGUUCAAUUAUUAAUGUCAAUAGAAGUCAAUAACUCACACAUUAAGAGCUAAUAAAUCAUGUAUGACAUACGGGAUAUUCUCACUGGAUUCUACAAAAACAUUUGUGGAACCUGUUUUUAUUUUUUUCAUCUCCUUUCUAACAUCUGUAAAAUCCCUACCAUGUAAUGUGUAAGCACUAAAUGAACCUGUUCAUAGAACAUUAUUUGGACAUGUUGCAUUAUGCCUGAUAAAAACAUUUUAGGGUGGUGAGUUUGUGUGUAAAAACAGUCCAUGACUUGUUCAACAUUUUGUUCUGUUACAGUCUGAAUUACAAAUGGAUUCAAUUGA